AUGCUUUUGCAACGAGCUAUCACUUUGGCCACAUUCGGUCUCCUCGCCUUCACUAGCAACCAGUUCACCGCCAGCGCCGAGCCUCUCGCUGUUGUUCACGGUACCAAGGGCGAGACUAUCAAGAUCUCUGCCAAUUACCUUGCCGCCUUUGACAGCGAUGAUGCGCCUGAAGCCCCAUUCAAACUCGUCGAAGCUGACGAUGUUUCCUCCAAGUUGAUCUCGCUCAAGAAGCGUGGUACUGGUUGUGCCGAGUACUACACCGUCUCCAGCGGUGAUACCUGCCAGGCUAUUGCUAAGGAGUAUGGCAUCUCCACCGACAAGUUCAUGUCCUUGAACGAUCAGAUUAACAGCAAGUGCACCAACUUGCACAUCAAUAAAAAGUACUGUGUUGAAGAAGGCUCGUCCUCAUCCGGUUCCUCUGACUCGUCCGGCUGCAGCAAGAAGCACAAAGUUACCAGCUCGGACAGCUGCAUUUCCGUUGCCAAGAAGUACGGCAUCUCCCUGAGCGAGUUCUACGACAUGAACCCUCAAGUUCACAGUGGUUCGUGCGACAACCUUAACGACGGCAAAUACUACUGCGUUGCCGGCGGUUCUUCCUCGUCUUCUUCGGAUGACGAUUCGUCGUCCUCCAAAUCGUCCUCCAAGUCGUCCUCCAAGUCGUCCUCCUCCUCUAAGAAGGCCAGCACCGUUUCCUCCAAGGUCAGCAACUUGGCUUCCAAGACCACCAAGUCCAGCAGCUCGUCAUCGUCCAGCGGCUCUGAGAAGCGCAAGAAGCUCCAGAGCGACUCUUCUUUCACCUACUACUGGAUUGCUCAGGCUGAAGACAACCCAGGUGGUAAGAAGGUCCCCAUUAAGACCUGCGGUGGUAAGACCAUUGCCAAGGUCAAUGAAAACUACGCUGAUGCCCUCGUCAUGGAAGGCACUGGUGUCGUUGGUAACAAGAUUGUCAACCUUGGUGGCUGCUCCUGCAGCAACUACCAGUGUUUCCAAGAAAUCGACCGCUCUGAAGAACCCUAUGGUAUCACUGCUUAUGGCUCUGCUCUCCGUCCCUACAUCAGUAUCGCUGCUAACGAUCUUGAAAAGAACACCAAGAUCUAUGUUCCUCAGCUCGAUGGUUGGUCCCUUCCCAACUCCAACAAGAAGCACAAUGGCUGUUUAUUGGUUGAUGAUCAAAGCUGGAGCUUCGAAUCCAAGCACAUUGAUUUCUACGUUUACGAAAUGUCCAACUACGAAUCAUUGGACAAGAAACAUCGCACCACCAAGGUUGAUAUCUACGAAGGUGGCAAUUGCAAGCUCCUCAACUACCUUUAA